CAAAAUUAAUGAUAAUAAUGUCCUUUUUAAUAUACGAUUUUACAAAUUUUGAAUUUUGAUUACACCUGAGAUAAAUUGUUUCGAUUCCAGCUUCGCAGCAGAUGACAAAGAACUGGAGCCAUUUUUGGAAGAUUUAAGUCUUCGGGAGGCAUUAGAAAAUAAAAGAAUUUUCAUAAUCGAUUAUAAAAUCAUGAAAAACUUACCCUGCAAAGAUGACAAAUUGGUUUGCGCGCCCAUUGCUCUGUUUUAUCUGAAUCACGACGGUGAAAUUCGGCCCAUAGCUAUACAGUUAUUUCAAGAUAGAACCGUAGACAAUCCCGUUUUCUUUCCCUCCGACCCGCCUUAUACCUGGCUUUUGGCCAAGAUGUACUUCAACAAUGCCGAUGCUCUCUAUCAUAGAGCUUGUCUCAGUAUAGGUAGGACCCAUCUUCUGAUGGAAUCUUUAUGGAUUUCUAUUAAUCGCAACCUUUCACCUUCCCACCCCCUUUUCAAGUUGAUGGCACCGCAUUUUAAAUACCUUUUGUCUAUUAAUAAAUUAAUGCUGGAAAAACUUCUAGUAAUGGGAGGAUGGAUAGAUAGAGUGACAACUAUUGGAGUACGUGGCCUCUCCCACUUAAUAGCACGAAGAUUUUUCAAUUGGAAAUUCGAGGAGAUAAACAUACCAAAGGAAAUCGAAUCGAGGGGCGUUAAUGAUCCUGGUGUGCUUCCUUAUUAUCCGUAUCGUGACGAUGCCACGGCUUUAUAUGAUAGCAUUUUCGAUUAUGUUGGAAAAAUAGUUAAAAAUCAUUAUGAUUAUCCAGAGAAAAUAUCGCAAGAUAUAGAAUUACAGAACUGGAGGAAGGAACUCGUGCGAGAAAAGAAAGACGGAGGAUGUCAACUACAAGGAGUACCCGGAACUGAAAAUGGUUUCGGUAGCAGACUCCAAAUCACCGACACUAUUACGAGUAUUAUCGCUAACUGUACCAUAUUUCACGCAGCUGUUGACAUACCUCAAUUCGAGGAAUGUGCUUUUGUACCAAAUUAUCCUUUACUAUUGACGGGUCCUAUACCUAGAAGCAAGAGUGCUUUAUCGGAAAGUGAAAUCGUCGAACAACUUCCGAAUGUUUGCACCAUUAAGGAAAUUAUUAAUGUUGUGAAAAUUUUAAGUGGAGAUAACAAAAGUCGCUUAGGAUACUCGAAAAGUGUUUACCUCUUGCAAGAAAAUGAUAUUUCCGCACAUAAAGAAUUUCUGGAAGAGCUUUCUUAUUUAAUAAAUUCAUUCAAGAAACGUAACGAAUAUCGAAAAUAUGCUUACACUUGGAUGAAUCCCGAAGUUAUACCCGAUCAUAUUAUUGCAUGAUUUAUACUACAAUAAAAGCCAAUGCGGUAUUAAUCCGUCGAUAAAAAUUAUAUAUCUUGUAAUAAUUUUAAUAUUUUCAACUGGAACUGGAAACUUUAAAUUGAUUUCACGUUAUAAUUCAAUAAGUAUAUAUAAUGUAUUAUUUAUAAAUAUGAUAGAAGUUAUUUAAAAAAUAAAGGUGUUAAGUCAAGUAGUGCCAUCUUUCGGACUAAAAUUAAAACCAUUUAUUAAAUCUUAAAUAUUAAAAAAAAACCCCUUCUUAAAAAAUAAAUUUCAGACAACGUGAAUAAAGAGACUUAUGAAAUGUACAGUUAUUUUUAUUUCUGCAUUUUCGAUAACAAAUUUUCUAUAGUAAUGUUUUAGUAUAGUAUAGUAAUGCUUUUUACCUGUCUCCUUAAAAA